UUUCGUGACCAACAAUAGAGAGGUCAAUGUAUUUCAAGUUAGAUUUUCUUUUCUUUUUUUUUACUAUAUUUGAGAUUUAUAGGAAACAUAAGAGAAAGUUAUCACAUGAGAGAGAGAGAGAGAGAGAGAGAGAGAGACUCGGCGAAGAAACCAGAAGAGGGGAAGAAGAAGAAGAAGAGAGAUGUCAAAUAUGGUUUGUAGAAAGGCGACGCUUCUCUUGAUCAUCCAUCAUCUCCUCGCUCUCUGUUCAGCAGACGUCGGCACUGCUGCUUCCUAUGACCGCCCUUACCAACGGCGUGCUACGGGUGGGACGUGUCGCAGAUUCCGUCCGACAACAUGUUCGCGGCGGCGAGCGAGCGGAUCUGGGACAACGGUGCCGCCUGCGGCAGGACCUACCAAGUCAGGUGCCUCAGCGGCGAGGCACCCCCCAAUCCUUGCAACUCCGGCGAGAACGUCAAGGUCACGGUCGUCGACCAAGCCCCUCCGGUGUCCACGCCGUCGAGCUCGGGCACCACCUUGGUCCUCACCGUCGACGCCUUCUUCGCCAUCGCCGACUCCUCUGCCUCUCUCAUCAACAUCGAGUUCUUACACUACAGAUUCCCUAGCAGAGUGAGGGAGACUGGUAGUUUUUCAUCCACUAGUGAGGAUAGUGAUCAAGCUUUGCACAGGUGGGGAUGUCGUCUGGUUCAGAUGAUUAUAGUGAUCUUAGUGAAGGGGAAAUCGAAGAGUGAGUGGAAAAGCUAUACAAGGAAUUGAAGGAGAAGAAUGUCAUCUCUAAUGUCUUCAUUAGGUGCCCCUACAGCCUAGGGAGGAUGAAACAUGAUUACAGAUACAAGGAUACAGCCUAGGGAGGAUGAAACAUGAUUACAGAUACAAGGAUAUUCUUCAGCAUGCAACAAGAGUUAGGAACUCCAACAAGAGAUUGAAGGAAACCGCGAGGCACGGGGCACUGACGAAGUUCUUGCAGUUGGAUUUCGUAGAGAAGCUUGCACCUUCGGUUACACCUUCAUUUCCAAUAUUUGUUCCAUCAUCCAAUAGAUUCAAAACCACAACUGCUGGCUUAGGGAGUGCAAACCCACUCUGAGUCUGAGUCUAGUAGCAGGUAAAAUGGUGAAAGGUUCAACAACAACACUUUUUUUUCCUUCUAAAAUCAACCAACCCUAUCAAUAAAUUAUGGUUGUGCUUUCUCCUAAAGACACCGUACUUGGUUCUUGAUAAAAUGGAGCAAAUGGGAGCGGGCGGCUCUGAAUUUUUAUUUUUUAAUCAGAUACCAUCUUCUUCCGCUUUGUGGU